CAUCCCUGACCCAUCCUUGGAAGAUGGAUGCUCCAGUGCUGGUGAAUCUSUCCCUCCUCCUCCCUCCGGACUCCGCUCAGCACCCCGAGCUCAGGCUCGACCUGCUGGGCACCAAAGCUUCCUGCCUGCAUCUGGCAGCCACCAAGAACAUCAACAUCAUCCUGCAGCACUACAACUUCUCCGGCAAGCUCAGCCGCCGGCAGUCGGGCGACGAGGGCAUGGGGCUGGUCCGCACGGCCUUYGCGGCGCUCAGCGGGGCCAUCAUCCUGGAGAACCUGCUGGUGCUGCUGGCCGUGCUGCGCUGCCUGCGGGCRCGCCGCUGGGUCUACUCGUGCAUCGCCAGCAUCACCGUCAGUGAUCUGCUGGCUGGCGUCGCCUACCUGUCCAACCUSUGCCUGUCGGGCAGCAGGACCUUCCAGCUGUCCCCCCAGCUCUGGUUCCUGCGCGAGGGAAUCCUCUUCAUCGCCCUGGCCGCCUCCACUUUCAGCCUGCUGGUGACRGCCAUCGAGCGCUACAGCGCCAUGGUGAGACCCAUCGCGGAGAACGAGGCCAGCAAAACCCUGCGCCUGCGGGGUCUCAUCGUGUCCUGCUGGCUGCUGGCUUUGGUCAUCGGGCUACUGCCACUGCUGGGCUGGAACUGCCUCUGUGACUUCCAGGCUUGCUCGGUGCUGCUGCCGCUCUACUCCAAGGAUUACAUCCUUUUCUCCGUGGUCAUGUUCAGCAUCAUCCUCCUGGGCAUCAUCGGCCUCUACAUCUCCAUCUUCCACCUGGUGCAGGCCAGCUCCCAGCACAGCAGCUCUCGGCACGGCCGCAGGCGUUCUCUGCGCCUGCUCAAGACGGUGCUGAUGAUCCUGGGGGCCUUCAUCAUCUGCUGGAGCCCCCUCUUCGUCCUGCUGCUCUUGGAUGUGUUUUGUGACACGGGCACCUGCGCCCACCUGCACAGCCUGGACUGGACGCUGGCCCUGGCGCUGCUCAACUCGGGGGUCAAUCCCGUCAUUUAUUCCCUGCGGAGCGUGGAGGUUCGCCGCGCCGUGGGCAGCCUGCUGUGCUGCUGCUGCCUCAGGCUGGGGCUCUGCAGGCCGGGCAGCUGCCUGGUCAUCUCGGACAUCAACUCGGGCUCCUCCACCGAGAGCUCCCUGCGCUGCCGGGACAGCUUCCGCGGCUCCGUGGCGUGGAACGCUCGGCCCAGGGCGCCUCUGUCCAGCAACUCCAGCAUGAUGAGCAACGUCCCCAGCCUGUGAGAGGAUGUGGGGAUGGACAGACAGCCCCCCAGGACAUCAGACAGCUCCCCAGGACAUCAUGCUGCCGGUCCUGGCCUGGCAGAACUGUAGCAGUUCAGGCUGAGCAGGGGCAGCCCCACCCCAGAUUUAACUGGGGCCAGGGUUCCCAGUCCCUGCAGUGUGGGUUCAGCAUCGGGACAGGCACAUUUUGGGACUGAUGCUCUGCUGGGAGAGCUGCAGUGCUGAGGUGAUGUGUGUGGGCUCUGGGUGUGCACACAGGUGCUGCACCUGCCCCCCUGAGGGUGUUUGGGCACAGGGCACAAUGACAAACAGGGUGGCUUUCCCCACCCAGGUGACCCUCCCACCUCUUUGGGAUCCUUUUGGACCUUCUGUGAUGGGCUCAGCUGCUGGGAAGAAACGCAGGCUUGAUGUCUAACCCAGCCUGAGGAUGUGACUGCAGACACAGCCCUGGUUCUCCCCAGGGCACAGAGGCUGGCACUGAGCCAGCAA